GCCGCCGCCGCGGCCGCUGAUUGGUCCCGCGCGCCGCCGCCGCGGCCGCCGAUUGGUCAGCGCGGAGGAGGCUGAGGGGCGGGGCCAGCGCCAUGCCGAAGCGCGGGAAGAAGAAGGAGGAGGAGGAGGAGAGCGGCGGGGACGGCACGGGCCCCAGCCCCGCCAAGGCGGCGCGGGCGUGUCCGGCCCCGCCCUACGAGGACCCGCCCCCGCGGGAGGCCACGCCCGAGGGGCGGCGCUGGACGCUCAAGGUCAGCUCCUGGAACGUGGACGGGCUGCGGGCGUGGCUGCGCAAGGGCGGGGCACAGUGGGUGCAGGAGGAGGCGCCGGACGUGCUGUGCCUGCAGGAGACCAAGUGCGCGGCGGCGGCGGUGCCGGCGGAGGUGCGGGCGCUGCCGGGGCUGCCGCACCAGUUCUGGUGCAGCGCCAAGGACCGGCCGGGCUACAGCGGCGUGGGGCUGCUGGCGCGCAGCGAGCCGCUGGACGUCACCUACGGCAUCGGCGACCCGGAGCACGACGCCGACGGCCGGGUGCUGACGGCCGAGUUCCCGUCGCUGUUCGUGGUGUGCGCCUACGUGCCCAACGCCGGCCGGGGGCUGGUGCGCCUGGAGCCGCGCCUGCGCUUCGACGCCGCCUUCCUGCAGUUCCUGCGCCGCCUGGACGCGCGCAAGCCCGUGCUGCUGUGCGGCGACCUCAACGUGGCGCACGCCGACAUCGACCUGUGCCACCCGCGCGCCAACCGCGCCAGCCCCGGCUUCACGCCGCAGGAGCGCGACGGCUUCUCCCGCCUGCUGGCCGCCGGCUUCGUCGACUCCUUCCGCCACCUGUACCCGGCGGCGCGCGGCGCCUUCACCUUCUGGACCUACCUGGGCGGCGCGCGGGCGCGCAACGUGGGCUGGCGGCUGGACUACGCCGUGGUCUCGCAGCGCCUGCUGGGGGCGCUCUGCGACUCCAAGAUACGCAACACCGUGCCGGGCAGCGACCACUGCCCCAUCACCGCGCUGCUGGCGGUCUAGGGCCGGAACGCGACGGGGUUCCCGGGAAAGCGAUCGAAGGUGGGGUCUGGCGGCGUUGUGGGUUCGUAGUUGGGGGUGGUUUGGUGUAAUUUGGACCAAAAUUGGCUUAAAUUGGCUCAAAAUCGCUCAAAGUUGGAGUUGGGUGGAGUUGUCUGUUUUUAAUUGGAUGUGUCUUGGCUCGGUUUGGCCCAAAAUUGGCUUAAAUUCACUCAAAAUCGAUCACAGUUGGAGUUGAGUGGAGUUGUCUGUUUUUAAUUGGAGUGUCUUGGCUCAGUUUUGCCCAAAAUCGGCUUAAAUUGGCUCCAAAUCAUUCAAAGUUGGAGCUUGGUGGCAUUCUGUCUUUUUAAUUGGAAGUGUUUUGGCUCAAUUUGGCCCAAAAUCAGCUUCAAUUUGCUCAAAAUUGAUCAAACUUGAAGUUUGGCAGCAUUGUCUGUUCUUAGUUGGAGGUGUUUUGGAUAAAUUUGGCCCAAAAUUGGCUUAAAUUGGCUCAAAAUCGCUCAACGUUGGAGUUUGAUGACGUUGUCCGCCUUUGAUUGGCCCAAAAUUGGCUUAAAAUCAACCAAAAUUGGCUUUAAAUCACCCAAAGUUGGAGUUUAGUGUUGUCUGUUCUUAAUUGGAGGUGUCUUGGCUCAAUUUGGCCCAAAAUUGGCUUAAAUUCACUCAAAAUCACUCAAACUUGGAGUUUAAUGAUACUGUCUGUGUCUGUUUUUAAUUGGACGUGUUUUGGCUCUAUUUGGCCCAAAAUCAGCUCAAAUUUGCUCAAAAUCAAAGUUGGAGCUUGACGACGUUGUCCACCUUUGAUUGGACGUGUUUUGGAUCAAAUUGGACCAAAAUUGGCUUAAAUUGGCUCAAAAUGCCUUAAAGUUGGAGCUUGUGCUGUCUGUUUUUAAUUGGAGGUGUUUUGGCUCAAUUUGGCCCAAAAUUGGCUUAAAUUGGCUCAGAAUCACUCAAAGUUGGAUUUUGAUGGUGUUUGCUUUUAUUUGGGCGUCUUUUGGCCCAAUUUGGCUCAAAUUUGGCCCAAAAUUGGCUCGGAAUUAAUCAAACUUAAAUCAAGUCAAAAUUGCCUUAAAUUGGCUCAAAACCACCCAAAGUUGGGCGCUGAUGACGUCACCAAAGCCAAACUGGAACCCCCCACUUUUAAUCAAGUGAACAUUGACCCAAAACCCCCCGAAAUUGACCCAAAAUAGUUUUGAUGACGUCGCCGAGGCCAAGGCCACGCCGCCCGCCUUGACCCGAACCCAAAAUCGCCCAGAAAUGACCCAAAACCGCCCAGAAAUGACCCAAAACCGCCUGGAACUGCCCCGGUUCGGGCGUUGAUGACGUCAUCAAUGCCAAGAUGGCGCCCAGCCCUCGUUUUUACCCAAAUCCCCCCAAAACGCCCCAAAUUUGGGGUGCUCUCAGGUGCUGCCCUACCCAGACCCAAAACCGCCCCAAACCUCCCCAAAUCCUCUCCCGCCCCUCCCCCACCCCACGUAGGCCCCGCCCCCUUUAGGCCACGCCCCUUUCCCCGCGGUAUUAUAAUAAAGGUGAACUUUGGGGUGAAA